AUGUCCCCGUUCUUGGACAGCAUCGCCACCAUCGUCGGCGUCUUCCAGCAGCACGCCCGGGGAGAUGGGGACGGCUCCGGGCUCAGCCGCAGGAGGAUGAGGGAGCUCAUCCAGAGGGAAUUUGCAGAUUCCCUGGUGAAGCCACACGACCCUCAGACCAUCGAGAAGAUCCUGCAGUUCCUGGAGUGGGAUGGGGACGGGGACAUCGACUUUAACGAGUUCCUUCUCCUGGUGUUCCGCGUGGCCAAGUGCUGCUUCUGGUUCCAGCCAAGGGCCCCGUUCCUGGUGCAGAGGACAAAGCUCCCAACCGGAGGAAAAUCCCUCCGGGAGCCAGAAUUCAGGAGCAGAGGGAGCCGCCGGCAGCUCCAGGAGGAGGAACAAACCUGGGAGAGGAAUCGUGAAGCUGAGCUGCAAGGAGACCUCAGGGUUGGGGAGGUGGAAAUCUCAGAGGAAACAAGGAGGGAUCAGCAGGAACGUGGCACGCGGAGCAGGAAGGAUGUGGAACCACGCGGGGAGCCGAUCCCUCGGGAAUACCGGGAACGGAGCCAGGAGCCGCGCGAGCAGCGGGAGAGCCGGAGAAGGCGGCAGCCCCCGGAGCCAGACAGACAGGAGGGAGACAGGAGAGACCGGGAGGGGCUCCGGGAGGAAGAGCUGGCAGACGUGAGGACGGGCAGGCAACGCCGAGAACCCCAACCACGGCCGGACCGGUGGAGCCGCCAGGAGCCAGGGCGUGAUGAAAGAACCCAGCGGCCACGAGGAGCAGAUGGAGAAGGUGACAAUCGGCCACGGGAACCCGAAUUGCUCCGGGAAGAGAGGAGCCGUCACCGCCGGCGUGAGCUGGAACAAAGAGAGCUGGAAGGGAGAAGCUGCCGGGCGGCUGAGCUGGAAUGUCCGGAGUCCAGGCGGCCACACCAGUCAUACCUGGAGGAACCGUUAGAGAUCGACCUCGGGGAAUGUGGGAGAGCAGAGCCCGAGGAACGUGGCUACGGACGGAGAACAAAGCAGGAACGAGAGCUGGAAUCUGUGGAAAGAGAAAGGGAGAUCCGGGAGGAGCAGGAGAGGGAAGAAAGAGAUGACCCCAGAAGAAAAGGGAGAAUGAGAGAGAGGAGGGUGGAUCAGGAACGGGAACUGGAGGUGGACGUGUCAGAGCUGCGCACACGGGAGAGACGAGAGCGUGACGUUCGUGAGAUUGAAAAUGAUGGAAGGAGACAGAGAGAAACAGUGAGGUACGAAAGGGAGAGAGAGAUCUCAGUGGCAGCAGCAGAAGCCGAUGUCAAAGUGCGCCGUGAGAUCCGGGAACGAGGUGAGGAACUGAGAAGGAGAGAGCAUCCCUGUGAGGAUGAGGAGGAAGCAGAACCACAGAGGAGAAUUUCCCGGGUUAGAGAGAGGGAAGAGGCUGUUAGGGAGAGGAGAAUCAACCGUGAACAAGAGCUGGAGGUGUCUGAGCGCCGGACGCGGGACAGGGAGGAUGAAGUGGCCACAAUCGGCCGGAGAGACACACAGGAGAGGCAGGAAAUUCAUGAGAUUCGUGAAAUUAAAGCUGAUGCAAGAAGACAAAGAGAGUCAGAGAGAUACAAGAGGGAGAGAGAGAUCUCAGUAGCAGAAGCAGAAGCCGACAUCAAAGUGCGCCGUGAGAUCCGGGAACGAGGUGAGGAGCUGAGAAGGAGGGAAUGUCCCCGUGAGGGUGGAGAAGACCGAAGAAUUUGCCCCAGAAGAGACAGGGAAGAGCCCCUGAGGGAGAGGAGAAUCAACCAAGAACGAGAACUGGAGGUGUCUGGGCGCCGGACACGGGAAAGGGAAGAAGAAGUGGCCAGAGUCAGCCAGGGAGAGACACGGGAGAGACGAGAGCACGACAUUGACAUUCGUGAGAUUCAUGAUGAUGGAAGCAGAGAGCGAGAAUCAGUGAGGUUUGAAAGGGGGAGAGAGAUCUCAGUGGCAGCAGCAGAAGCCGAUGUCAAAGUGCGCCGAGAGAUCCGGGAACGAGGUGAGGAGCUGAGACGGAGAGAACGUCCCUGUGCGGAUGAGGAGGAAGCAGAACCAGAGAGGAGAAUCUCCCGGGUUAGAGAAGAGGCCAUCAGGGAGAGGAGAAUCGAUCGGCAACGGGAGCUGGAGGUGUCUGAGCGCCGCACACGGGAAAGGGAGGAAGAAGUGGCUGUCAUUGGCCAGAGAGAGACACGGGACAGACGAGAGCGUGACAUUCGUGAGGCUGAAGAUGAUGACAGGAGACAAAGAGAACCAGUGAGGUACGAGAGGGAGAGAGAGACCUCAGUGGAAGCAGCAGAAGCUGAUGUCAAAGUGCGCCGUGAGAUCCAGGAACAGGAACCACGAGAGGAGCUGAGAAGGAGAGAACGUCCCCGUGAGCAGGAGGAGGAAGCAGAACCAGAGAGGAGAAUUUCUCGUGUCAGAGAGAGGGAAGAGGCCGCGAGGGAGAGGAGAAUCGAUCGGCAACGGGAGCUGGAGGUGUCUGAGCGCCGCACACGGGAAAGGGAAGAAGUGACCAGAGUCGGCCGGAGAGAGACACGGGAGAGACGAGAGCGCGACAUUCAUGAGGCUGAAGAUGAUGCCAGGAGGGAACAUGAAGUGUAUGACAGGAGAAGAGAGAUCUCACUGGCAGCAGCAGAAGCCGACGUCAAAGUGCGCCGAGAGAUCCGGGAACGAGGUGAGGAGCUGAGAAGGAGAGAACGUCCCCGUGAGCGGGAGGAGGAAGCAGAACCAGAGAGGAGAAUUUCCCGGGUUAGAGAAGAGGUUGUGAGGGAGAGGAGAAUCAAUCGGCAACGGGAGCUGGAGCUGGAGGGCUCUGAGCGUCGCACACGGGAAAGGGAAGAAGUGGCUCUCGUUGGCCAGAGAGAGACACGGGACAGACGAGAGCGAGACAUUCGUGAGGAUGAAGAUGAUGACAGGAGACAAAGAGAACCAGUGAGGUACGAGAGGGAAAGAGAGAUCUCAGUGGCAGCAGCAGAAGCCGACAUCAAAGUGCGCCGAGAGAUCCGGGAACGAGGUGAGGAGCUGAGAAGGAGAGAACGUCCCCGUGAUGAUGAGGAGGAAGCAGAACCAGAGAGAAGAAUCUCCCGGGUUAGAGAGAGGGAAGAGGCCAUGAGGGAGAGGAGAAUUGAUCGACAACGGGAGCUGGAGGGCUCUGAGUGCCGCACACGGGAAAGGGAAGAAGUGGCUCUCGUUGGCCGGAGAGAGACACGGGAGAGACGAGAGCGUGACAUUCGUGAGGCUGAAGAUGAUGACAGGAGACAAAGAGAACCAGUGAGGUACGAGAGGGAGAGAGAGACCUCAGUGGCAGCAGCGGAAGCUGACAUCAAAGUGCGCCGAGAGAUCCGGGAACGAGGUGAGGAGCUGAGAAGGAGAGAACGUCCCCGUGAGCGGGAGGAGGAAGCAGAACCAGAGAGGAGAAUCUCCCGGGUCAGAGAGAGGGAAGAGGCCGUCAGGGAGAGGAGAAUCGAUCGGCAACGGGAGCUGGAGGUGUCUGAGCGCCGCACACGGGAAAGGGAGGAAGAAGUGGCUGUCAUUGGCCGGAGAGAGACACGGGACAGACGAGAGCGUGACAUUCGUGAGGCUGAAAUAGAUGCCAGGAGAGAACAAGUAGUGUAUGACAGGAUAAGAGAGAUCUCAGUGGAAGCAGCGGAAGCCGACGUCAAAGUGCGCCGAGAGAUCCGGGAACGAGGUGAGGAGCUGAGAAGGAGAGAACGUCCCUGUGAGCGGGAGGAGGAAGCAGAACCAGAGAGGAGAAUCUCCCGGGUUAGAGAAGAGGCCGUCAGGGAGAGGAGAAUCGAUCGGCAACGAGAGCUGGAGCUGGAGGGCUCUGAGAGCCGCACACGGGAAAGAGAGGAAGAAGUGGCUCUCGUUGGCCAGAGAGAGACACGGGACAGACGAGACCGUGACAUUCGGGAGAUUGAAGAUGACGGCCAGAGACAAAGAGAACCAGUGAGGUACGAGAGGGAGAGAGAGAUCUCAGUGGAAGCAGCAGAAGCUGAUGUCAAAGUGCGCCGUGAGAUCCGGGAACAGGAACCACGAGAGGAGCUGAGAAGGAGAGAACGUCCCUGUGAGCGGGAGGAGGAAGCAGAACCAGAGAGGAGAAUUUCUCGUGUCAGAGAGAGGGAAGAGGCCGCAAGGGAGAGGAGAAUCGAUCGGCAACGGGAGCUGGAGCUGGAGGGCUCUGAGCGCCGCACACGGGAAAGGGAGGAAGAAGUGGCCAGAGUCAGUCGGAGAGAGACACGGGACAGACGAGAGCGUGACAUUCGUGAGGCUGAAGAUGAUGCCAGGAGGGAACAAGAAGUGUAUGACAGGAGAAGAGAGAUCUCAGUGGAAGCAGUGGAAGCCGACAUCAAAGUGCGCCGAGAGAUCCGGGAACGAGGUGAGGAGCUGAGAAGGAGAGAACGUCCCUGUGAGCGGGAGGAGGAAGCAGAACCAGAGAGGAGAAUCUCCCGGGUUAGAGAGAGGGAAGAGGCCCUGAGAGAGAGGAGAAUCGAUCGGCAACGGGAGCUGGAGGGCUCUGAGCGCCGCACACGGGAAAGAGAGGAAGAAGUGGCUGUCAUUGGCUGGAGAGAAACACAGGACAGACGAGAGCGUGACAUUCGUGAGGCUGAAAUAGAUGCCAGGAGGGAACAAGAUGUGUAUGACAGGAUAAGAGAGAUCUCAGUGGCAGCAGCAGAAGCUGAUGUCAAAGUGCGCCGUGAGAUCCGGGAACGAAGUGAGGAGCUGCGACGGAGAGAACGUCCCUGUGAUGAUGAGGAGGAAGCAGAACCAGAGAGGAGAAUCUCCCGGGUCAGAGAGAGGGAAGAGGCCACGAGGGAGAGGAGAAUCAACCGUGAACGGAAGCUGGAGAUCUCUGAGCGCCGCAGCCGCCAGACACGGGACAGGGAGGCAGAAGUGACCAUCACUGACCAGAGGGAAGCACGUGAUGAGAUCAGGCUGGAGGUCCUGGAGGAAGAAGAUGAGGAGGAGCUGGAGCAGGGCCAGUGCCGGUACCAGACCCUGGACGUGGACACCGGCGAUCUCUGCCCCCCAGGACAGGAGGUGCCCGUCAGUGACCUGAGGGUCCGGUACCGCCCUGCUGACCCCGAUGUCCGGCCCGAGGUCCGGCUGCUCCCCGAGCCCGUGGAGCCUCAGACCGUCGCCUACUUGGUGCACGUGAUCCAGAACCUGGAGGACCCCAAGUCUGCCACCUACGAGAUCGUGUGCCGCCAGCCCGGCCAGCAGGGCCAGCCCGUGCGCGUCCGGACCUGCUCCGUGUCCCCACGGCCACCAAGCGACCGCCGGGGCCACCCCGAGGCACCGACAUCCAAACGCCAGGAAAACCGCGAGGGUCUGGAUGAGCCCCGGGAAAGACCUGGAAAAGAGGUGAAGGAUGGAGCCCUCCGGGAUUCCGCUGAGCCGGAGGCUGUGAAAGGCGAGCGGGUGAAAUCCAAGGAGAUCCGGAGGCGCCCCGAGAUCCCUGAGGUGGAGCAGGAUCAGCCCCAGGGUGAGGAGCCCCAGAAGGUCCCACGGGAGCCCGGAUCCGGCUGCCAGCGGAGAGAGCGCGAGGACAGCGAGGCCAAGAGCUGCAUCCCCCCGGAAUGCCGGGAUGCGGAGCGGAGAGACCCCGGAGAGACCCACAGAGAGGGAAUCCAGGAGGGUCAGGAGGCUCCUGAGGAGGAGGAACCCAGCAAGAGGAGCCCCCGGGAACCCGGCAAUUCCCAGCUGUCUCGGGAAGGUGGCACCAAGCAGGGCCAGGAGCCCCCGCAGGAGGCCCCGAGCCGCCCCAGGGAUGAAUCCAAGACAUCCUGA